UAGUUCAAGAAUAAAUAUAUAUAAAAAUUACACACUCCUAUGUAUAGACACAAACCGGAAUUCUACAUAUUGGCCCGGUUUUGCUUCCACAGAGAAUCCUACUCUGCAACUUUCGCUCUCUCGCCGUCCCUCCCGCCGUCCCUCCCUCCCUCCCUCACUCCCUCAAGACGUUUAUUCUAUGUGUAAAACCAGAAACGUUUAUGGUCCUAGGGUUUAUAGUAUCUCUUACCCUUCUUCUCGUGUCGUAGCUGAUCAAACCCUCGUAAUCUAUUCAAUCUCUCUCUGUGUCUGAAGCUCCAUUCUCUGCGAUUCGUCACUUGUCCUGGUAUGAUUCGCCGUUUUCUCGAGCACUGGUUCUAGGGAUUUGUGAAGUGUACUAAUGCAAUUCAUCAAUUCUUUUUAAAUACAUCUCAUUCUCAUAUCUGGCCUCUUCUCUGCAUUUGUUUUGUUGUUCCUUUACAAUUGAACUUUGUCUUACAUAAUUUUUAGGGUCUAAAGAUCGAUGCUUUGAUCAGUAGGGAUUCAGUACGAUUAAAUUAGGGGACUUUCGGUGCUUUUUCUUUUUUAUUUUUGGUUGGGGUGUGGGUGGUUAGAGGCAUUGUUCAGGUGGGAUGAAUAGCGUCUUCAGUGAACAGAUACUUGCAGACAAGCUUUCCAAGCUCAACAGCACUCAACAGUGUAUUGAAACUCAUCUGCGAUCACGUUUCUCUGAGAUGCUUCAGAUAUUUGUUUUGCGAUUGGUGAAGCCAUCAACUCAUUGAAAUUUUAUUAGCUAAUAGGGAUUAUGCUAAGGCCUCCAGGACAUGUUCAUUUUCAAACUUUGUCUCAUUGGUGCAUUUUUCAUCGGAGCAAAGCGGAACUGGUUGUUGCAACAUGGGAUAAACAGUUCCAUAGUUCGCAGAUGCUUCAAAAAGUUCCCCUUCUGUAUCUUGCAAAUGACAUCCUUCAGAAUAGCAAGCGCAAAGGAAACGAAUUCGUUUCUGAAUUUUGGAAGGUUCUUCCUGCAGCACUUAAAGAUGUUGUUGAGAAAGGCGAUGAACAUGGAAAGAAUGCGGUCUCCAGAUUGGUUGAUAUAUGGGAAGAGAGGAGAGUAUUUGGGUCCCGUGCACGGAGCCUUAAAGAUGUAAUGCUUGCAGAAGAUUUGCCUCCACCCUUGGAGUUCAGCAAAAAACGUUCUCGUUCUGUCAAAAUAACAAAAAGGGAUUCACGCUCCAUAAGGACGAAAUUGACAAUUGGAGGGGCAGCAGAGAAGAUAGUCUCUGCAUUUCACUUUGUGCUCGGUGAACAACUUAGUGAAGAUGAACAGAUGAGUAAAUGCAUGUCAGCUGUUCACCACAUUAGGAAGAUGGAGAAAGAUGUUGAUCUGGCCUGUAGCAAAGCAAAGGAUCCAAAGCGAAAAACUCUGUCCAAAGAAAUAGAGGAGGAAGAAAAUCUUAUGAAACAGUGUAUUGAGAAACUUAAAGUAGUUGAAGCAAAUAGAGUGGCCCUUGUAUCUCAGUUACGAGAAGCCCUACAUGAACAGGAGUCCGAGCUGGAGAAUGUUCGCACACAGAUGCAGGUAGCACAGGCGCAGGCAGAGGAAGCCAACAACAUGCGGAAGCAGCUUGAUGAUGAAAAUUAUGUUGGGGUUUUAAAACCAUUAACUACAACCCCACCAUUAACAGAUGCAAGCGCAAAAGCAGAACAAGCACCAAAGAAGACAGCUGCUGCCAUUGCUGCCGAGGUUGCUGAUAGGCUUGCAGCUUCUAGUUCCUCUCAAUAUAUCAUGUCUUCUGUUCUCUCUACAUUUGCAGCCGAGGAGGCAAAAAGUGCAGGGUUGACGAAGGCCUCCACAGUGUCCAAUUCUUUCACAUCAAUGCCCAUCAAUUUGGUUACCAAUUCAAUGCGGAAAGCAGAACAACCCAAUUCCAUUUCAGAUCCCAGUGCUUUUAUGUCAGGACAGGUACUUGCUGCUCCACCAAGCAAUCCGUAUCAAUCAGUUUUGGUGCCGCAACCAACCAUGCAGACUCAGACCCCCACCUCUCAAGCCCAAUACCAUAUACUUCCUAACCCCCAGUCUCAGCAGUAUUUGCAACCGUCAGGGGCAAUAAUGAGUUCAUAUGGUUAUGGUAGCAUUACACCCUUGCCUCCAGGACCACCCCCGCCCCAACUCCAACCCCAAAUGUUGAGUCCUCUAGUGCCUUUGAACCAGCAAUCGUUGCAGGUAACUCAGCCGCUAAAUUUAGUUCAUCAACCAUCAGCAUUAACGCAGCAGCAACCAAUACUGUUACCUCAUCAACCACCAGCACCUCCUAGUUUUCGACCUGUUGGCCCUGUUCAACCACCUGGUAUGGUGUACUAUUCUCAUCCUCAUCAUACUCAGUGACAAUUAUAUAGACAUUCCAAUCAGUGCGACAGUGUUGUUUGCAGAAGCAUUUUCUGGACAAUUUUGAAAAUUUGUCUGUGCAAAUUGGGGUUGCUUUUGAUGAUAGAUAUAAAGAGAGGUCCGACAAUAAUUAUAAAGUUAUAUGCAUUUAGAUAGCAAUAGAUACUGCAGAUGAAGAGUAGUGGCCUUUCCCAUUACCAGGCUGUGUUAGAAUUAGGGUUGGGCAAUCUUAGUGUCCCAUCUUUUGUUCAUUUUUAUGGUCUUCAUUCUUCUUCUUCUUUCUUUUUUUUCUUUUUUUUUUUUUAUACUUGUAAAAUGAUGAUUUAGAGGCAGAACAAUUUUGUAUUGCAAAUCAAACUAGAUAAAGGCAUUUCCUUUUUAUUUGAAGACUUUGUUGUGUCU